GACCUGUCAAUCAAGGCGUCUCCCACUCGCAAGGCCACCUUCGCCAUCGGGCAGGAGCCGGAGGAUGCGCCGCACGACGACGAUGGGGAAGCCGAGCCAGGUGUCCUCGCACAUUCACAAGGCCUGCCGCCCGAGAACACGCCAAUCAACAAUCAGUCGGUGCACAGAGUCCUCAGAUUUGCAGCCACGAGGGCAUCAGCUCAAAGGAAUGGCUACGCCUUCUUCAUCUUUGGGCCAACGAAUCCGGUCAGGAUGUUUUGCCUCAACAUUCUCGAGUCAGAGGUGCAGAUUGGCCCGGACAAGAUUAAGAUCUUCGACAACGCCAUCCUCUUCUGCAUCCUUGUCUCCUCUGUCGGCAUGGCCAUGGAUUCGCCCCUCUCUGACCCGUCGGCCCCCUGGACGCAGGUCCUCCGAAGAGGGGAUCAGGUGUUUGCGGUGAUCUUCGCACUGGAGAUGGUCAUAAAGCUAAUCGCUUACGGCCUGUUCUGGUGCGAGCAUGGCUAUCUCAAAGACGGCUGGAACGUCUUGGACGGGGUGGUAGUCAUCAUCACCUUGUUGGACUUCUUGAUGGAAGGCAGCGGCGGUGGAUUCCUGAAGACCGUGCGAAUCCUGCGAGCCCUUCGGCCACUGCGACUCAUUUCGAGGAACCAGAACCUCCGAGUCGUGGCUCAGACCAUCUUCUCCUCUCUGCAAGAUCUUCUGAGUCUGAUGGUUGUGGCUCUUCUCUUUCUCCUGAUUUUUGCGCUCUUCGCCACCAGCAUGCUCUCUGGAAGGAUGUACAGCUGCAACGAGACGUCAGGGACGGUGACGUU